UCGAAAGUUCAAACACCUCCUAAUCCUAUAGUCCACGAGACAUGAACUCACACGAGUCAACUUCCUCUCUCCGUCGCUGUCUUUUCUACCAAGACUUCUAAUUCCUUCUCAGUUUCCGGCUUUAUAGCUCUGUUGGUCAGAGAGAGAAAGAGAGAGAUUUUCUUGGAGAGAUUUUGGAAGCCAUAGAUAGAGGUUUCUAUGAAAGGGCAGGGGAAAAUGUUCUUGAACUCUAGACUGAAGUGGAUUGGUCUGUUUGGGCUUCUGCUAUCAGCUUUUUCUCUCUUCAUUCACUUUUUGCUUGCUAGAUUCACUGAGGGUGGCAUUAUAGAGUACCAGUCUUCAAUUACAGUCUUCUCCUGGAGACCCAUCUUUGAAAGUGCAAAUUUUCCCAGAACUAGUCCAAUGUAUAGACGGCUGUGGGGUCCAAUAAGGCUUCUUGAAUCUUUGCAUCCUGAUGCAAAUCCCAGACGAUACUAUGCUGAUCCCAGUUCGCAAACAAAUGGAUUUAUCUUUGUUAGAAUACAAGGUGGUUUCCAUGAGAUCAGGAAUUCGAUAUGCGAUGUGGUUGUAGUUUCUCGGCUUCUUAAUGCUACCUUAGUAAUUCCUGAGAUCCAGUCAACUACAAGAAGCAAGGGGAUCAGCUCUGAGUUCAAGAGUUUUGCAUACCUGUACAAUGAGGACCAGUUCAUGGCAGCCUUGACAAAAGAUGUCAACAUUGUGAGGACCCUUCCUAAAAAUCUCAAAUGGGCAAGGAGAAAGAAGGAAAUUCCUAGUUUCAAAGUGCGUUACUCAGCUUCACCGUAUUAUUAUCUGAACCAAGUUCUUUUAGUAUUGAAGAAACAUUUGGUGGUUGAACUCGUUGUAUCUGAAGGUGGAUGCUUGCAGGCCAUCCUUCCACCUGAACUUGAACACCAGGAAGAGCUCCAAAGGCUGAGAUGUAGGGUUGCUUUCCAUGCCCUUCGGUUUCGGCAGGAGGUCCAUGAACUUGCUACCAAAGUUUUAUCUAGGUUAUGGGCUCCUGGACGGCCAUUUAUAGCCUAUGACCCAGGGAUGACCAGUGAAGCUUUAGCAUAUCAUGGUUGUGCUGAACUCUUCCAGGAUGUACAUACUGAGCUCAUCCAGCACAAAAGGUCUUGGAUGAUAAAACGUGGGAUUGUUGAAGAGAAGUUAUCGGUGAAUUCAGCUAAGCGGCGCCUUGGUGGUUCUUGUCCACUAAUGCCAGAAGAGAUUGGUAUUCUUCUUCGUUCAUAUGGAUACUCAUGGGACACAAUAAUAUAUGUCUCUGGUGGAGAAGUCUUUGGUGGCCAAAGGACAUUGCUUCCUCUUCAUGCUAUGUUUGAAAAUGUUGUUGAUAAAACUUCCCUUACCACUCCUUGGGAGCUCAGUAGGCUUUAUGGUCGUGAGGUUAACCUUAUUAGCAGUUAUCCUAAAAACCCACCUCCAAUUGAGAAAAAGAUAAAGUAUGAAUCUUGGAAAACUGAAGGGCCACGUCCUCGCCCACUCCCACCACCUCCGGCUAGGCCGAAAUCGUAUAACGUUGAAGGUUGGUGGGGUUGGGUGGCUGAGAGUGAUAAUGAGCCUGAGAGUACAGUGAUGGAGUUGCGGACCAAUGCCCAUAAAUUGCUGUGGGAAGCAAUUGACUAUGUGAUAUGCGUCGAAGCUGAUGUGUUCAUCACUGGAUUCGAUUUUGAUGGCAAAGGACACCCAAAUUUUGCCAGCUUGGUAAUGGGGCACAGACUCUAUCAGUCAGCUGCAUUGAAAACAUAUAGACCAGACAGAAAAGAAGUUGCCAAGCUUUUAGAAGAAAUCCAUGACCAUUUAUAUCAGGCAAACCAUACUUGGCUAAAAUCAGUGCGCAAGCAUAUGAGACAGAGAUUGCUUGAUGGACUAAUGGAAGCAUCCACAAAAUCAAAACCAUUAUCCUUUCUCUCUCAUCCAAUUCCUGAAUGUUCUUGCCUGAGGUACGACUCUAAAGAAACAUCAUUUCAUGCUUCAAGUCCUUCAACUCAGUCACAAGUUGAGGCUGCUCUUGGAGUUGCACAUCAAUGCCCUGCUUGGAUGGACAGUGAUUUGAUAUUGCAUUCAAAAGACAAAGAUAAUGAAGAGGAUCUUGAUGAAGACGAUUCCACGUCAUCUGGGUUGUUUUUUCGAAAUAGUGGUGAAAGUCAUGAAAGUGGAGGUGGGGAAUCAAACAACAAAGAAGAAGCUCAAUUGAAUGACCUAGAGGAGCUUGAAGGUGGAGAAAGAUAAUGGAAAAGGCAAAAUGGGUGCCAGUAAUGGUCUCUUUUGCUUGCCCAUGACUUUUUAUCUUCAUCCAUACUAUUGCCAAUUUCCCAGAAAGGUUGUAAUGUAUUGUUGGCUUUAGUUCAACAAGACCAGCAGCGAACUUUCUACUUGUGGAUCAAGAACUCAAUGACUUGGGGGCACUUUUAGUUCAGCUUAUGGCAGUUCAGACAUAUCAGUUCUGGCACCAAGCACUUUUACAUAGUACUAGAUCUAGAUUAUUUCAGUACCCAUCUGAGGAAUAGCAGUCUUGCUUAAUUAUGUAAACAAGCAGCAAUUUUGAUGUAACAUAGCAUCAUGUCUUCACUGAAAACCUCAAUUCAUGUAAGAAUUCUUUAUUUUGUCUGUACUAUCAAUACAUUCAAAU